GGGAUUUCCUCACCUUGCAUUGCUGUAGCAACAGCCUCUCUUCCUUUUGAUUCAUCCGUACCUUAUCUCCAUCGAUUCUCCACCAAUCAAUCACUCACUUCCUGUAUCUUCCACAUGUUUUCUUGCUCCCUCCUUGUCCAUAUAUUUUCUCAAUUUCUACUCUCCGGUUUCUUUUUUCCUUCUCUCUUGUCUCUUCCUCCUUUUCUUGACCUGUCAUGCUGAGCAUGUGUUCAUACCAAAUAGAUUGUUGAAACUAUUAGAUGAAAACUUGUCAAGAACCAUUUGUUGUGUUGUUUUGGCACUGAUAGUGGCUCUUUAACUGCUUAUUUCCAUUUGGGUCCUUUCAAUUUUGAUCAUACCUCCACUUGCGCCUCCUUUUUCUGUGAAAAUCCUGCAUAUGGGUGCGUCUUAAAGGCAGAUAGAAGGUUGUAGGAAGAUAUAGAGAGGUGGGUAUCAGUUACAACACUUGAGAAGUGGAAAAGGAAUUGAAAAUGAAGAUUCAGUGUGAUGUAUGUGAGAAAGCUCCAGCCACAGUAAUUUGUUGUGCAGAUGAGGCUGCUCUCUGCCAGAAAUGUGAUGUUGAAGUUCAUGCCGCAAACAAGUUAGCAAGCAAGCACCAGAGGCUUCACCUUCAAUGCCUCUCCAACAAGCUCCCUCGAUGCGACAUAUGCCAAGAGAAGGCAGCUUUCAUUUUCUGUGUUGAGGACAGAGCCCUCUUCUGUAAGGACUGCGAUGAACGCAUACAUCCUGCUGGCAACCUUUCUGCUAAUCACCAGCGGUUCCUGGCUACUGGUAUUCAGGUGGCUUUGAGCUCUAGCUGCACCAAGGGUACUGAAAAGAGCAUCAUAGACCCACAACCAAAUCAGGGUUCAAAGCAAAUGUCUACAAGAACUCCCGUGCAACCACAAUCCAGCUUCACUUCUCCAUGGGCUGUUGAUGACUUCUUACAGUUCUCAGAUUUUGAAUCGUCUGACAAGAAAGAGCAACUUGAGUUUGGGGAGUUCGAAUGGCUUACAGACAUGAAUCUUUUUGGAGAGCAACUUCCUCAGGAAGCCUUAGCUGCAGCUGAAGUUCCUCAGCUUCCAAUGUCCCAAUCAAACAACGUUAGCUCAUAUAGACCUCCCAAGUCUAGCGUGCCCAACAAGAAGCUGAGGAUUGAGAUGCCAGAUGACGACGAGGAGUUCUUUACUGUUCCGGAUCUCGGCUAGACUAUCCUACCGUAUGUAUCAAUAUUUGUAGACAUGCAUCUCUCGAGCCUUCUGUGUGUUUCAUCCAUCUCAACUUAGUGUAGGAUGGUAGUAUCUUGCUAGAUUUUUCUGUAUUAUUUCCUUUCUAAAUUCUGGUUCGUCUUCUAUUACGUACUUUUGUUCUGAGUUUUGAGAGAGCUAGCAUUCCAUUCUCUGGGUGUAUAGUGUUCGCAAAUUCACACAUUGAUUUAUUCUAUCAUCUUAUCUUUA